AUGUUUUUCUUUGUAGGUGUACAACGUAAAAAGAACACCGUCAAAGCCGAAUCCUCUUCCAUACUAUUAAAUACUAACGAAUCUAAACCGAAAGUACAAGAGAGGGAUAUCAAAAAACAUCGUUUUAAUUUAAAACAAAUACUGCAGUACUCGAACGCCACGCCCAUCCGCUCUUAUAGAGGCAUAGGGUACGUUUGUUGCUUCUGCCAAACGCAAUUCCCGGAGACCUCAAAAUUAAAACAACACACACUAGACGAACACACGCGAAAGAUGGAGCUAGACAUCAAAAAUGGACGCAUGAUGUUCUCGUUUAUCGUUAAAUUGGAUAUCACAGCGUUACAAUGCACUAUAUGCUCUCAAAACAUUGAAAAUCUCGAGCGUUUAACGUCACACCUUAUUGAUCGUCACGACAAAAAGUUCUACACCGAUAUCAAAAGUCACAUGGUACCCUUCAAAUUCGAGUCUGACACCCUGCGCUGUGUCACGUGCCAGCAAGUAUUCAACAAGUUCAAAUGCCUCCUAGAGCAUAUGAACACCCAUUACCGAAAUUACAUAUGCGACCAGUGCGAAGCUGGCUACGUCAAUCGGGCGAUGCUCAAAAACCACUUGGCCUGCCACGAAGUAGGCUCCUUCACGUGCGACUGGUGUUCAAAGGUGUUCACGAACUCGCGCAAGAAAAGAAUGCACGAGAAGAACGUGCACGUACAUUGCGGGAAGGUAAACAGGUGCGGCUACUGCGGCGAGAUGUUCACAAGCCACAGAUUAAAAGAGAAGCACAUGAUGACCGUGCACGGUGCCAAGAUAGCGGGCGUAACGUGCCAGGCGUGCAACAAAACCUUUGCCACCCAGAACGGACUGAGAAUCCACACGAAACGCGACCAUUUGGUGGAGAGGCGGUUCGCGUGCGCUUAUUGCGAUAUGAGAUUCUUUUUGAACGCGGAGCUGCAAGACCAUACAGUCAAGCAUACAGGUUUUAGGACAUUUGAGUGUGACGUGUGCCAUAAGACGUACGGACGUCAGAAGACCUUGCGCGAGCAUAUGCGUAUACAUAAGGACGAUAGGAGGUUCAAAUGUGAGCAUUGCGGGCAAGCGUUCGUACAGAAGUGUAGUUGGCGCGGUCACAUGCGAUCGAAGCAUGGCGAAGAUGCAUAG